UCUGUCCUCGCACGCUGCACCGAAGAAGACUGCUCGUUUUCGUCUUCCAUCUCUUCACGGGAUCAUGGCAUCCACCAGAUCUCCCGUCACGCCGGCUAGUAAUUCCCGGGCGAAGAUCUGCCGGAAACCGUUGACCCCAAAGAAUAUGCCGGCAACCAACAGCAAUGUUUUCCCCGGAAGCCGGGAGACUAGCUGCAAGUGGAUUGCGAUUCCGAUUGCCGGAGCUCCGGACAAGGAAAACCAUCAGAUGGGUCCGAUGAUCGGAUCUGCUGGGAAGGAUUUCCAAUUGAAAAAACGGGAGGAUGAAUCGCCCGUUGUUCUCGCCGAGAACCGGCACAAGAACGACCGGUGGAUAACCAUUCCGUUGUUUGGAGACAAGGAAGAUGUGAAAGUGGCUUCGAAGGUUGAAGCAGAGAAAGUGGAAAUUGUUGUUAAUAAUGACAUGGAUGCGUCCCUUGGGGAGGAACUAAGCGUGAUUCGGCAGAGGAAUGACCGACUCAGGGCGGAGAAGGCGAAGACAGAGGAGGUACUGACGGCCAGGGAUCAAGCGAUAAAGAAGAUGGAAGAAGAGCUCGAAGCGUGGGGGAAGGCUCAAGAGAAGUUGGAAAUGGAUCUCCUGCAGCUGAUAAGAUUGAAGGAGUUGAAAGAUUGCAUUAAUUUGCAACCAGUUGAGUCACUCAGAGAAAGGCAACAAUCUAAAAGAAAGCGAGAAGCUCCAUUGCAGGUAUAUGAAAAUAGCCCAGACGAAUGCAGUGUGAACGAAGCACCAGGCCACAUGCCGAAGGCUGAUAAAGUUAUAUAGAGGAAUAAACUCUUUUUGACUGCUUUUCCUUCUUUUCUGCCUUCCCUCAGGGCUGGAUGUCUUACACUUUUCUUUUUCUCUGUACAAUUUGCUUUCAAUAACGAUUGUGUAUCUAUAAAUCAAUGCAUUUUCCUCGUAGAAAAAGUAUUGAAGCAGUGUUGUCAA